UCCCUUGCGAGUACCCAAAUGAGGUACCCAGUACUCAGUACAGGUACACAGCAGUACUCUUGUUGUACUAUACGUACUCUGUAUAGAGAAGUGACGUGAUUAGUUUUGUGGUUAUAAUAGGCAUGUCCCGAGCCUUUUGUGGCUGAAUAUGGUGAAUUGCAAUGACAAGCAGAACCUACCUGACUGGAGAAGUUCUUGAAUGCCCUCGAACAACAGAGCAAGAAUGUUCUGUGUAUAUGUUUCCACCUCCCAUCUCAAAAUUAACACAUUGUCGUAGUGCAAGCCAUGGCGGCACAACUUUUGCAACUUCCUCCUUUGGACCUGUUGGUAAAUCUGCUCUCAAGCAGACUAAGGGGCAUCAAAGAGCGUUUUCUCAAGGGCAGAUUGUGGACAACAUCGGUAAAUCUGUGGGAUCCCGUGUAGGCUCCAAGACAGACUUUAUUCUACCUGCUGGUCACCGUAGCUAUGAUCUACUGGGCAGCGGAAAUUUGCUGCGGGAAGGGCAUUCUCGGCAAGCCUCCCGAUCUGAAUCUAUCUAUACGCUCCGUCAUCAUCCCCAGACUCCUGCAUGGAAGCAAUUCAUGUCCUCAUUUUUCCCUAGUUCACUCCAAAAUGAUCCUGACUCAGGGCAUAGGACCAUUGUUGCCAAUCAUUUGGUCCCACCCGACACUCCUAAGGAGCUUCAUCCUAAUGGCGCUUUUGCCGAUAACAAAGUUCGCACAACAAAGUAUACUUUUUUAUCAUUCCUCCCGAAAAAUUUAUUGGAGCAAUUUCACCGGGUAGCUAAUCUUUACUUUAUUUUUAUUGUCCUUCUGAACUGGUUCCCCUCGAUUAAUGCCUUUGGAAAAGAAAUAGCAAUGAUCCCUGUCAUGUUUGUACUUGGAGUAACUGCAGUGAAAGAUUUAUUCGAAGAUAGAAGAAGACAUGCCAGUGAUAAGCGCAUCAAUAAUUCUACCUGCCGCAUCUACUAUAGCAAAGAAGACCGCUAUAAGAAAGUUCUUUGGAAAGAAGUGAAAACAGGAGAUUUUAUUCACUUAUCUAACAAUGAAGUCAUUCCUGCUGAUGUUGUUUUAUUAAAAUCCAGUGAUCCUCAAGGACUAUGCUAUAUUGAUACUUGCAAUAUAGAUGGAGAAUCAAAUUUGAAGCAGAGAAAAGUCCCGCGGGGGAUGACUGACAAAGACAAAAAAUUUGUGCCAAGUUUAUUUCGUAGUGUGAUUGAAGUCGACCCUCCAACCACAAAAAUUUAUAGAUUCCAUGGAACAAUUGUGCAUCCGUCAGGAGAAAGAAUAGCCAUUGGGACUGACAAUCUUCUGUUAAGAGAAUGUGUUUUGAAAAACACAGAUUUUGUGGAGGGUAUUGUUGUUUAUGCUGGCCAUGAAACCAAGGCAAUGCUAAAUAACAAUGGUCCACGGUAUAAGCGAUCAAGUCUAGAACGUAAAAUGAACACUGACAUUAUGUGGUGUGUCGUUAUUUUAAUUUUGUUAUGUUUAAUUGGUGCUCUUGGCUGUAACUUCUGGCUCUCCUCAUUUGAGGUUCCUCUAGAGAUAGUUCCUUUUUUGCCAUAUUCAGACUCUCCAAAUCUUGAGAGCUAUCUUACUUUUUUGACGUUUAUAAUUAUUUUGCAAGUGAUGAUCCCUCUGUCACUGUACGUCACAAUCGAGAUGACGAAAUUACUUCAAGUGUAUCAUAUUCAUAGAAAUGAGAAACUUUACGAUCCCCUUGUGAAGAGACGUGUCGAGUGCAGAGCCCUAAAUAUUACAGAGGAACUGGGACAAGUGCAGUAUAUAUUCUCGGACAAAACUGGAACUCUUACCGAAAAUAAAAUGCUGUUUAGAAGGUGCACAAUUGCGGGUGUUGAUUACAAUCAUACUUCAACCAUUAAAUCAGCUUUAUCGCGAACUAGUGGCUCAAUACCUCUUCAAGUAAAUCAAAAAAUGGUGGAGGAUUUAAAUCAGGAUCAAUCGCUUCAGUUUGGUAGUAUGAACGAUGGGAAAGAAGGGACUCAGGUGCCGUCCAUUUACUCUCAUUCUCAGUGUGUACGAGAAUUUCUAUUGGUGCUGGCUCUUUGCAACACUGUAGUCGUAUGCAAACACCCCCAUCAUGACAUCAUGGAUGCUAGUGGUGCUGUAGAAACAAGUCAUUUUGUAAAAAGUGUAAAACCAAUCGAAAGCAGCCGAAUUCCACCUGUGAUAAGUGAAUCAGAUACGUCUCAAGAUUCAGACACUGCCAACAGAUAUCACAGAUUGGCCGAAUCUAGAUCAGUGACCCCUUCUCCUGUACCUUUACAGUCCUAUUACCAAAAUUUCAGCACUGACAUGGACAAAAAUCGAACUAGUUCUGAGCUUCUGCAAUCCUCCGUUCUAGAGGAAGAAGAAAUGGAUUGCUCUAUGCAGAGCUCCGAAACGAAAUCAUUGAAGAGCGAGCACAAAGUGUCCUCCCUGGAUAAUAGUAGUAAUAAACAAGUACCUUCUCUUAAGUGCCUUAAAUCUAUGUCUGAGAACAUGGAUGAUAACUAUAUAAGAAUCAAAAGCUCUAACGAGUUCAUAUCAGUACCUGAAAGAAAUCCUGGCAGCGAUUCUGAUCAUUUCUAUGCCAAUAUUUUUAAACCGAUAAGGCCAAAACUUCUUAACGUUCCCACAGCAAUUUUAACCAAUUUAAACAAAAAAUUCCUCAGCACACAUAGAAAUGGUAAAAACAAUCGAACUGAGUCUCCCUCUCCGAGCGAGUCAAAACCAAUCUACGAGGCAGAGAGUCCGGAUGAGUUAGCUCUUGUAGAAACCGCCUAUAUGUACAAUUGUAGGCUUGUGAAAAGAACGCCUACAACAGCGACCGUUUCCUUGCCAGGAGAUGGAUUUGCUGAGUAUGAAAUUUUAAACAUUUUGCCUUUUGAUUCAAAUAGAAAAUGCAUGUCAAUUAUAAUUCGCCAUCCUGUAACCCGGCAGAUUAUCCUGUAUUGUAAAGGUGCUGAUUCCACGUUGUUGCCUCGUCUAGCUCCUACAGACAAUUUGAGAUCGCAGCAAAUCAUCUUCAGGACUCAGCAGCAUUUGAAUAUGUAUGCAAGGCAAGGUCUCAGGGUACUAGUUAUGGCAAAAAGAGUGAUUUCUCCUAAAAAGUAUGCUGAUUGGUUGGCAAAAUAUGAAACUGCUGAGUUAAUAUUUGAAGGAAGAGAACGAAGAAUGAGAGAAUUGUAUAGUGAAAUGGAGAACCAUUUAUCGUUGAUCGGUGCAACAGGGAUUGAAGAUUUACUUCAGGAAGGUGUCCCAGAAACUAUAUCUGCUCUCAGAUCAGCCGGUAUUGUUGUGUGGGUUUUAACUGGUGAUAAACCAGAGACCGCCAUCAACAUCGCUUAUUCCACAAAGCUUUUUACUCCCCAAAUGAAAAUUUUAAAAUUAGCAGCCCGUUCGAAAGAAGCAGCUGAAUCAACAAUAGCAUUUUAUCUACGAGAAGUAGCUUCAUCAAGUCAAGGUCGCUCAGCAAACAUCGGAAGCAGUAUGCGAGAAACACAGUUAGCUCUGAUUAGUUCACUUUUUAAAACUUCUCAGCAACCACAACAACAGUCACAAAUCUCAAAUUCCGAAAAAUCCUCCAAGUCCAGAGCUUUGGUGGUUGAUGGCAAAACUUUGACUUACAUUCUUGAUCGGCGCUCCAAUUUGCAGAAACCAUUUUUGGAUCUAACAACUCACUGCACAUCAGUUUUAUGUUGUCGAGCUACUCCUUUGCAAAAAGCAUUUAUCGUGAGAAUUGUGAAAGAACAACUUCACAUGCGGACCCUUGCUAUUGGGGAUGGAGCAAAUGAUGUGUCGAUGAUUCAGACUGCUGAUAUCGGGAUUGGGAUUUCAGGCCAAGAAGGGAUGCAAGCAGUGAUGGCAUCUGACUUCUCCAUGUCCAGGUUCAAAUAUUUAGAGAGAUUCCUUUUAGUACAUGGGCAUUGGUGCUAUGAUAGGCUGGCACACAUGGUGCUAUACUUCUUUUAUAAAAAUGCCACAUUUGUCUUUUUAAUAUUUUGGUUUCAACUUUACUGUGGCUUUUCUGGGACUGUGAUGAUCGAUCAAAUGUACCUUAUGCUUUAUAAUCUAUUCUUUACAUCAUUGCCUCCUUUAAUUCUUGGAGUUUAUGACCAAGAUGUCUCAGAAGAUUUGUUGAUGUCCAAACCAAGCUUGUAUAGUAAAGGACGCCUUGGGCUAGUAUACCAGUCGCACUCUUUCUGGCUCACAGUCAUCGAUUCUGUUUAUCAAAGUCUGGUUAUUUUCUAUGUUGGAGUCUACGCUUACCAUGAUACUGAAAUUGGAUUGUGGGAGUUCGGUUUAACAAUUAUUACAUCAUGUAUGUUUGCCAUGCUAAUUCAAUGUUGUCUGGAGACCAGGUCAUGGACUAUUAUACAUGGCUUAUCCCUCACUGUUUCAUUAUCAUCUUUUUAUGCAUUUUGUCUGGUGUACAAUAUUGUUUGUCUUCAAUGCAUUGGGAUUCCAACAAAUAAUGUUUGGGUGCUGAGAAACACUAUCGCUACAGCUGAGUAUUGGCUCAUCGUCCUUCUAUCAUCAAUCCUCGCUCUUUUACCUCGCUUCUUGCUGCUGGGUUUACAGACCUGCCUCUUUCCAGAUGAUAUCACCAAUGCUGUUCUUGAAUCAAAAGCCAAUACGCAAAAGAAUACAACUUUCCUUGUUUCCUGGUCAAGAUCGACAUCAACAUCCUCUAUUUACAGAGCAGAUGCAAAGGAUGCUAAGUCGGAACCUCUAACAACAACCGUUAGCUAAGGUCUAAUGAAUGGCAUAUGGUGUGACGGAGAUAGAAUUUUUGAGGAAACCCUAAACAAACUUAUACUGUAAAUGAACAAAUUUUUCAGUCUUCCUAGAUGUCUAAUGUACCUUGCUACGCGUUGGAUGAAUUCGAAGGAAUGAUUCAUCAUUGGUUUAAGUUACUGAUUGUCCCUGAAAAACUCUCUUUAUCAUUCUCAAAUUGUAUAAAUAAGAUUUUGGAUUAUGUAAAAGGGAAACCUCAAGCCUUAAAGACAUACUUGUGAUGAGUUUCAGGAGAGGGCCCCAAGUAAAGUGGGUUAAGGGCCCUCCUUACGAAAAUAUCAAUAAUGCAAUUUAAGCUUAUAUUCAGCUAAACCUAUUGAAAUUGGUUUACGGCAAAUAAUAUGAUUUGCAUGUGUAUUCUUCAAGUAAAUUAAUUUUUGAAAUAUUUUCUUAGUGAUUGUAUGUCGCAAACUCAAAAAUUUUGAAAGCGUCUUAGGUUUAUGAAAAAGAAACUUAGAAUGUUUGAACAGAGAUGGUUUGAACAAAACAAUUCAGUAUUAGAAUGUGAUAUCAGAAUGAUAUAUCACCAGGCAGGAUGAAGAUUAAAGCACAACAGAUAUGCCUCUCCAUCACAAUUUAAUGCAGAACACAGUACCCAUGUUAAAAUCCAAAGUCCAUUAAUAAAUAAGAAGUUGGUGUUUGUAGUUUACGUAAGAAUUAGCAAAUGUAAACUUCUCCUGAACAAAGAAACAAAAAUCAACGUAAGUCCAUUCAGUCAUCAAAACAGACUUUUCAUCUGUCCAAUGAGAAUUCUGGAUUAUAAGAAAAUUACCACCGAUUUUGAUUCCUGUUUUGUAAAACUGACAAGAAAAAUUCAGCAAACUUCAAAAAUAAUCCCAUCUUAAAGGCUACAAGAUCCUGAGAUCAAUUAAGUGGCUAAUUUGAUAUUAAUAAACUUUGAUUUUUUUACUGGUACAAUCACAGGAAAUGAUGUUUCUGCAUCUAAGAGUUGAAAGUGGUAACUUUUGACUUGUUAUUGUGUUCUAAGUGAGAUUUUGAUGAGUUAGAUGAGCAGUUUGCAAGGAAGCUCAAUUUCAGUGAGACAGUCACCCAUUGCUGCGUGUCCCCCUCCUAUGGAAUCGGUGGUGUGUACCAAAGAUUCCUAAUUGUUUCCCCAAGAGCAAAAAGUGCUGAAUUUAUUUUGAUCCGAACAUGCCCAGCUUCAGUUUUUAACCGUAGUUUAACAUUUUGAAUUACCAGUUAGCAAGAGAAUCAGAUAUUUAUUAGUUAGCUGCAUUUGUCGUGCGUGUUCUCCGUUGAAUGUAAUUUCACACCAGUAAUAUCAUGACUAAUGAAAACGAAGGUAAUUUUUGAAUAUUUUUCAAAACGAGUUAAGAAAAUGUUGCAUUCUUGCUUCAGAGUUACUCAAUUUGAAGCUCAUGAUAGUGUGCCUAAUACAUACGUUUUCAUCAAUUUGAUGCAUCUCUCUUCGUUCAGAAACAUGAGAACCUCACUACAUCCAGGGCUGUUCAUAAAUUAUGUAACGCUGUAAGGGGUGGGUGAGUCUUAAAAAUUUUGUGACCAAGCUUUUAACAAGGUGAAAAGGUGUCAAACUUAGCGUUACCUACAAGUACAUACUGGAUUUCAAUGUUUUUCCUAUUAGUUUCUUUUUAAGAUUCACACUAUCAUUUAUUGUCCUUAAUAUUCAUUUUUUCACGCAUAUUUUUCACAUUUUUUUUCAACUGUUCUUCCUUUAAAAUACAUAUUUUUCCAAUUAUAUUUGAAUUUCACUUAUUAGCCUUACUAAUUCAUAGAGACUAUGCAAACCCACAUAAUUAGUUUGAGGAUGUCUGAACUAGUGUCAUGUUUGCGUUACAUGGGGUAGACUGGUGUUGAAAAAUCACGUUACAUACUCUAUGAACAGUCCCUCACUUGCACUACAUACAAGGGAAGUCUUGUUCAUUUUUCCCCCAUCAAUUCUUACGUUCUUUAUCCUGUUUGUAAUUGAAUUCACUCUAUUUGUGCUACAAGUGAAAUGAAUAGAGGAUCUGAACCAGCGCCAAAUUCCGUGGAGCCUCUUUCAUUUUAACUGGAGGAUUCAGGCCAGUGAAUGGCAGUGGAAGCUAACAGAGCUAAAAUCUGUCUUAUCUCCUUUGAAUGUUUGUAUACAUAUUUCAAUCACAAUUUGUUAUGAGUAUGUGUUACUCAUACGAGUAUGAGACUGUGUACAUCAACCUAUGGAUACACUUAUUUGGCUACUUACUCGUUUUUUUGUCCAGGGACCAUGUGAAAGGUUUAACAAUGUUGCAUUUUAAUUAUGUUAAGUUUUCUAUUGUUAAAAUUUAUGUGUAAAUGAUCCAUUUACGAAGCAAGCAAAUUCCAAGUUACAUUUAUCUCGAAACGUUUAAUUUUCUUUGCCUUCCAGACUGUAACUACCUAGAAGUUUAUUAACAUAUGCCGCUUUAAUUUAAGAUUGAAACCAUAGCCUCCUUGUCCGUAAGUUUAGAUCUAGAUUUUUAAUGUUUCUCAUUAUGUUUUAACUGUUACUUUUAUGUAUAAUUUUGUACAAAACUGAACUAGAACAUUAUUCUGUAAAAUAAAUGUGUGUAAAUAUAAGUUAUUCUGAAAUCAA